AUUUAUUUCCUUGCUGUUUAAUAUUGACUCUUUCCGCUAAGGUAAGCAUAUGCAUUUGGUUGAUGCUAAAAGAAGCCAUUGAUAUCCUCUCCCAAUGGCUAGAACCAUGAGAAGAGUCCAAAUCUUGCUGCUCUUGCAACUAUGCAAAUGGGUUAUAACUCUUGAAGCUCGCCCACUUGCCGAUGUUCCUAUUGCGGUGACAAGAGAGUUUUACGGGAAUGGCAGAAUCUUUGAUAUCACCCACAGGAUCAAUCCUGAGAUGCCAAGUUGGGACUCCAAGAAUGGUGUAGGCCAAGUGGUGAAGUUGGUUGCUAGCAUGAAGAAUGGUUCCAAUGACAAUCUUUCUGAGAUGAAGUUUUCUUCUCAUACAGGCACACAUGUUGAUGCUCCAUCUCAUUUUUUUGAAGAAUAUUAUGAAGCUGGGUAUGAUACUAGCACACUUGAUAUGAAGACUCUCAAUGGUCCAGCAUUGUUGGUUGAUGUUCCAAGGAACAGUAACAUAACUGCUGAAGUGGUGAAGUCUCUGAAAAUUCCUAAAGGAAUACAUCGUGUGCUUUUCAGAACAUUAAAUACUGAUAGGAAGCUUAUGUUCAAAAAGGAGUUCGAUAGCAGCUAUGUUGGGUUCCUGAGUGAUGGGGCAAAAUGGCUGGUACAGAACACAGACAUCAAACUUGUUGGACUUGAUUACUUGUCGGUUGCUGCCUAUACUGAUCUCGUUCAAACACAUCGUGUCUUAUUGAAAAGCAGGGAAAUUGUUAUUGUGGAGGGCUUAAAACUUGACGACAUUAAACCAGGACUAUAUGAUCUCCAUUGCUUGCCUAUGAGGGUUCUUGGUGCUGAAGGUACGCCAACAAGAUGCAUUCUUAUGGGAUGAUAUUUUUCAGGCUUGUGAUUUUAUGGAAAUAAAUUAUUAUGAGUUUAAUUAUGAUAAUCAAUCAAGGAUAAUCAAUGAUUAUUUUUUAUGGGUUAAUUAAUCAAGAUUAGAUGAUUGUCUAGUAGUUAGUAGUUGUGGGCUGGUAGAUGGUGAUGUAACAAGGUGACAUGUAGUUGCUACGGUGGCUACAGAAUUAAUUUGCCAAUUUGUGCUAGAUUGAAUAUCCUGAAUAAGAAUAUUUUUUCUUUCUCAGUCA